AACGAACACACAAAGUUUACAGCGCGUUACAACACCGUGGUGUAGUCGACGUUUACGUGUUGCAAUGCUGAGAAUUUCAACGUGUUCGGUGAUACCGAGUGCCAGUGCUGUUGGAGUUGUGAUGCGAGAAUGCCCGGGAUAUCCAGCAGCACUGGGCUCAUCGCUGCUCGUGUCCAACCCAUUUACAAGCCCAAGCCCAAGAAAAUUGAAUUAUCCGGAACAUCCAAACCAGCUCCCUUCACCCUCCGCCCAUUCGCGGGUCUCUUCAACCCCUUCCCCUACGGCUGUUCAGUGCUGUGUAAUCAUCCAGCGGAUUGCGAGGCGAAGGAAUUCGUCAAGCGAGCCAAGGAGUCAUGGGCAACCGAGGGGAAGACCCUGCUACUGCCGACAGAAAUGGAAUUGAUUCGUGCGACACUCCUCGCUGGAGGAGUCCUGGAUUGCUCAGUGCCACAGGAAGCCCACAGCCAGGACACAGCAGCAACGACAACCGUCCCCGAGGAAUUAUUCCGAAAAUACACGGAGACAGAUUCUCGUCCACUGACUCCAACCCCUACACUGGCAAGUGGUCCCUUGACGGCUCACAGGAAUCCCCCAGAGGAUGGUCCAGCCCCCUGCAAUCCCCGUGAGCGCACCACUCUGAUCCUGGACCUGAGAACAGCCUCGCAGGAGCAAGAGGCCGAGACCCUGAGCUGGCAUGCACUGACUUUGGAGCCACCACCGAGUCCCAGAAGACCUAGUGAUAUUUCCAGACCACUUCUCCAUCAGCAGAGCCACCAGGCACGUUCAGCAGCUCCACCUCCUCCCUCUCCAGUGCAACCAGGGGCAUUUUCUGAUGGAGGAUCCUCCAGGAAUGAGGACCAGGAGGUGGAUACAGACACGGAGGCUGGCUCGCCGAUGAAGAGGAGGGGGAAAAAAUUGAAGAAGAGGAAGUGCCGCAGAGGCUCGGCCUAUGGCCAGCAGAACGAGGUGAGGGGACCUCUGGAGCCCCUGGAGACACAGGUCUCGCAGGUGGAUGACGGCUCCAGGAGGAAUUCUGGGCAGCAACAGGUGACAUCAGAGGUGGACAUCAAACCUGAGAGAGCAGUGACACCAGUGCAAGACCAUCAUCCCCACAGUUUUCUUACACCUGACAUAAUCAGGCAUCUGGGGAGAGAGCUCGAUCGAGAGACUGUUGAGGAGGAGUUCAAUUUGAGGAGGAAAAUCGCCCUGGAGGAGGCCCUCAGGGUCAAGGAGGAGACUCAGCCCAAUGUCAAGAGCUCCAGGAUUCCUGUAACAGCUCCAGUCUGUCAGAAUGCACCCAGAGUAUUCUCCAGGCAGUCAGCAAGGUUCGAACUUCUUGACUCUGGGAGUCUGGUCGCCAUGAAACCACUGGACUACCUCGGAAAAUUCGUUUUUCUCACACCGGGGAGAAAAUUAAUAUUCGGCAGGACCUUCAAUAAAUUUUACGAGGACACCAUGGAUGGACUCAGGUAUAUCCAACCGAAUGAGCUGAUGGAGGCCCUCCAGGAGGUCAUGGGAAGACCCUUCACCGAGGAGCAGAUGCUGAAAUUUGGGGAAAUCAUGGGGGAAAUCAAGGAGCCACUGAAUUUUAGAACCUGGUGUGGGGUAUGUGCUAUCUGCGAGAGACUCCUGUCGCCUCUGCCACCCCGGGAUGUCGAUCCACCUGCCUGGAUCGAAAGAGCUGACUUCGAGGCCCUGGAGAGGCGUCUCAAGUGUGUCCAGGCUGAUCCCAUGCUCGUUAAACUUCUCAGGGACAUCAGGGACCAAUGAAUCAAGUAGUUGACGCGCUUUUCAGUCCGACAAUUAUUGUAUUUAAUUCGUUUUUUCUUCAAUGUCGAUCAAUACAAUAUAGAAAAAUAUUCAAGUCUUUGGAUUUGUUAACUUAGCUUCAAUUGACACUGUGCUCUGUAAUUACGAGAAGAGGGGAAAAAUUCAAUUUGAUUCUCGAGAGAUUCAAUUAUUUUGUCACUUGAUCACAGAAUUUUUUGUACUUUCCAAAUAAAUUUCAUUUUCUUUUUUCAGUAUAACGCAUGAGGAAUCAAUCAGCGUCUAUGAAAAACGCUUUCACUUACGACCAAGUAACACCAGAAAACACCAUCAAGCGUAUCGUUUUCCACAGAUAUAAUAAAAAGCACUAAAAAUAA